UCAGUCACUUCGCAAUUGAUAACCGGAGCGAGAAGACAGGCUAUAUCGCGUGCUUAUCAAUUAGAAGGAGUUGUAAUUUAUUUAUUAGUUAUCUAUAUAUUGCUUUUGCACACUGAUUGUUAUGGUAGUAAAAUUGUUUGGAAAUAUUUAAAAAAAAAUAAGUUAAUAAUACGGAAACAGGAAAAAUGACUUGUGUACUGUCUAUGACACCUUUGUAUCUAUUCGGCGAAGAUGUUUCAGAUAUACACCAUAAUGAACACAACAGUUUUGAUUUUCAUUGGAUAACUUCACAAAAUUCAAACUCUGGAUUACCUGAUAGCCAUAGAUGCUCCUCCCCGUGCCGAAUAGAAGCAUGCACGGGUUCGUCAGUAUCGUCCCGGGUAGAUGUAUCAAAUGGACUGCCUGGAAGCAUAAAACAAUACCAAUUUAAUGUGAAUACUGACGUUGGAUGUGAAACGAAACUAACGACUGCAAAGGGAAUCACUGUAAAGGUUAUCGACUCGGACAAACGUUUACCUGCGACUGGUAAACAACGAGUGAACAGCUUGUUUGAAAUGAGCAACAAGACAGAUGUGGAAAUUGCCCAAAUAAGUACAACGAACCACGGACUUAAGCGAAAAGUUGAGGAGACAUAUCUUGACGAAGUUUAUAUUCCAUCGAAACGAGUCUCACCAUUCUUAAACACCCCAAAGGAAAGAAAAGACAAACGGAGGAAAAUAAUAAACAUAUCGACAAAAAAGUUGAAACAAUUAGAUGACCCCGAAACCUUUCUCAGGAGAACAGUUCUUGUUAAUAAUACAAUGAAGCGUCUACAAAUGGAAUUACGAGAAGAAAAACUGAGAACAAAGGAAUUUAAGUCAAACAAACAAUAUUAUUUUAGUGGUUAUGGGGUACUAAACGAUAAGGUGAUGUCAAAUUCUUAUUUUGUUGACGAUCCCUUUCUGAGUUGUGUUCAUGAGAAAAUCACAGACGAUAUGACUGACACACUAAUGAAUAACGUGUUUCAUGAUAAAGUAGAUGACAGGCCUACAUCAUAUGACAUUUGUGAAAAGUCUGACAUAAUGUCAAACAAAAUGGAAACUCUUGAAGCAGAAUCAGAUCAUGUCUCAAAUAAUUUGUUGGAUCGUUCUGAAGACAGUUUGGAGCAAUGCACUUGUGAUAGAAAUGGAAAUAUAAAAGAAUCAAGAAAAGAAUGCUACCCUUCGGCAUGUUCAGAAAAUAGACCAAACAUGAAAGAAAUGCUGGUUGACAGGUGUGUCGACUUAGAUGAAGUCAAUAGAAUUAGUACAAACAGUUUUACAGAAAAUUCCAACCACAUUUGCUGUGAUAAGUGCCUGUCAGUGAUCAUACCUAAAAGUUCUAACGCGUCUAAUGAAAACACAAGAAUACUACCGCGUGAAGUACAAGAAAUGCAGUGCGAUCAAAAUGUGGAAAACGACAUUAAAGCUUCACCAGCAAACUUUGUGGAGCUAAGGACCUAAGGAGAUAUUCAAAUUAGCAACAUAGGACCUUUAAGAUAAAUGUAAUUCUAGUACAUUACUUCAUUACUAAAAAAGUGCAAUAAACGAAUUGAAGUAGAAAAUGAGGCAGUGUUGUCGACCUUAAGUUAGGCCUGAAAUCGCUAUAUUAUUCCUUCAACACAUUCGAUAAACAAUAAUGGAAAAAAUGUAACGCAGAAAUAUAUUAUUUUGCAAUUUAUUUGUUGGAUGUUGUCGACAGCUCAAAAUAUAGGCAUAUUGAUGUGUAAAUGAGGUUCUUUAACAGCAGGGAUAUUUUUGGUCCAUUAUUUUGAACUUCUUUUCAAAAUGUUGUGAUAUCAAAUAUCAAAUUAUUUUGACGAAACUAUAAAUUUUAUUUAUUUGAUAGCUUACAAAGCCCAUGUUAUAAUAACGAAAUAAACUAAGAAAGAAGA